CCUCACGUUAGCCAGCCCCUCCGCUGAGCCCGGAGGACACCCGACGCUGUCGAAGGUCGAGCUCCCACCCAUCCCGUCGCCGCCCCCCAACAGAGAUCAUUUCCCCCGAAGCACACUGAGAACACCCGGCAUUUACCUCAACCAGCCUCUUCGCCCAGGCGGCGCUUUUACGUCCCUUUUGCGGCUGCCGUAAACAAGGCCGGGCUGGGGUUGCUUAGGAAGGGCGCGCCGCCGUCAAAGCUAACUAACGAAGCCGAGAGCGCGCGUGGGCCGGUGGGACGCUUCAGGGACGCGCCCGGGCAGGAGGCGGAGUAAGGGCGCUGCCGGUGGGAGCGCACGUAGCGGAGCAAGCCUGCUUCUGCUCUAUUUCUCCCUCUCCCGUCCAGGAGGUGACCGGGGCUGAAGCGGUUGCGGAGAGAUGAGGAGGCUGCGGGAGAGAGUGAGACGUGUUUGGACCUGGAAGAUGAUUUUGAGAUGUGGUGGUUUCAGCAAGGUCUGAGUAUCUUGCCUUCGGCUCUUGUUGUUUGGUCAUCUGCUUCCUUUGUGUUUUCAUAUGUUACUGCAGUCCUCUUACAUCAUGUUGACCCUUUGGUGCCCUACAUCAGCGACACAGGGACAACACCUCCUGAAAGAUGUUUGUUUGGGAUAAUGUUAAAUAUUGCUGCUCUUUUGGGUGUGGCUACCAUGUAUGUCCGAUACAAACAAGUUGGCACUUUGAAUCCUGAAGAGCCGAAGAUCCUCAGGUUAAAUAAGGCUGGCUUUGUGUUAGGAAUAAUUAGUUGCUUUGGGCUUUGCAUCAUUGCGAACUUCCAGAAAAGUACUUUAUUUUCCAUGCAUGUAAUUGGAGCUUGCCUCACAUUUGGAAUAGGAGCCAUUUACAUUCUGGUUCAAACAAUUAUUUCCUAUAAGAUGCAACCAGGAAUUCACGGGAAGGGCAUUUUCUGGAUCAGAUUGACAGUUCUGCUAUGGUGUGCAUCAAGCAUAGCAAGUAUGUUUAUUUCUUCAGUCAUUUUGAACAGUGGCCUAUUUGGAAUGGGUUUAAUACAGAAGCUGCACUGGGACCCCCAGGAAAACGGUUACACAUUUCACAUCAUGAGCACAGCCUCUGAAUGGUCGUUGGCUUUCUCUUUUCUCAGUUUUUUCCUUACUUAUAUCCGUGACUUCCAGAAAAUCUCCUUGCGUACAGAAGUACUGCUGCAUGGGCACAAUCUUUAUUAUAUGCACCAGCAGCUCCAAGCAGAUGACCAAGAAAUGCCAAUCACAGGGAGUAUAUAAGAACAAGAAACAAGUGUGGGUUUGAUCCAGAGGGUACCCUUCCAUCAUAGGAAGGCUUCCUUUAGAUCCGACAUUGUUUUCAUUUCUGAUCAAUAUGGAGGAUAAAAUCCAAUGUUGCAUGAGUGCAUUUCUGUUGACAGUGGGACUUCCCUCUCCUCUCCCCAAAUCCUUUCUGGAGAGUCACCCAAGGACGGUAAAGUCCCCUUGCAUGAACAGAAGGCCAUUGCAGUUGCACACAGAUUGCACUAGAUUUCACCCAAUAAUUUCCUCAUCUUUCUUAACAUGCAACUAACAAGUAGACGCCUCCUGGCCUCCUUGUCAUCAACAAGAUCUCUAACCCUAUAAAUGUGUUUUAAGAUUUGGCACAUUCAAUGCAAGCACAAAAAAUGUGUCAUUUUAUAUGAAAACACCUGUAUUAAUGAAGGAUUAUGACUGAAGUCUGUCAGAUUUAUGUGAAUUCUGAAUAUGAAGUAAUACUGGCAAUAGCAGACUGUAACAUUUCUUUUAGAUUUUUAUACACUGAACAAUAAAGUACAGAUUAAAGUU